CAAGGCUCAAACUCUUGUUCAUCUUUCCAUCUCCCCGUCAGCCCGAGUCUGCCUUGUCUACUUUGUCUGUUACUCGUACGGCUUGGAUGUGCCGUUGCACGGAUAUCUGAUUCUCAUCUCAUCCUUGCUUACUUUACCUUACGGAUUCGUGGCACAUGCAGUUACAUCUGCACACAUUCAUUCUGUCUGUACCUCGCAGUAGGCCAGUCACAAUGCGGUUACCAAAAUGCAGACUACCCCAGUGCCAAGCGGCUGAUGCGAACCUUGACACCAGGCUUUCAUCCUGACAUUCUCUGCACGACUAAUGGCCACCAUUCCACACAUACACUACACAAGUAUCCGUAGCUAGAUACAGGGCGGACAGCUCACCUAGCUACAGCUCCAACGAUAUUCAAGCUUUCACCAGUCUCCAUAACGCAUGACAUCGUGGCCCUCUUGGCCCCGUCAGUACCGGCACCAAGUCCACUCCAACCCGCACAUCCUGCCCUUCUCAUCCAGUGGGCCCGCCGGUUUACGCAACCACGCCAACUUAGUCUCCCCGGACUCGCUCCCCGGAUAGGAAGAAGCAGGCGCAAGCGCGCUCUCGAGUCUCUCUCAUGUAAUUACACACUAACACCCUACCUACCGGUACGGAGUACAGAGCACUUCGUCCCCUUGCCCUCUCCCAUGUAUCCGUACCGAACCCUUGCUGCCAGACUCCCGGCAGCUCGGAAACUCAUAGCUCGCCUAGAUAAGGCCACUAUGACCCGCCGUUGUGGACAGUGACGACAGUCUGGGCCCUUCGUUUCUUGAUAUAUGCCCCCUUCCUGCCACGCCAAGUCUCCGCGCCCGUUCUCGUUCUCGUCACUCUUCAUCGACACACUUCACCCACCCAUUCCACCGUCCAUCCCAUCUCCAAAUCACGCCCACACGCACGCACACGCACACGACGAUGAAUCUCUCACUCGACAAGACGACGCCUGCCAGCAAUCUUCUCUCGGAGCAGGUCCAGCUCGGAGGCACCUACGUUGACACUGUUGUCGAGAUAUCCGAAGAGCUGUUUCACAUGAAGGAGCUUCUACCGCUAGUCAAGCUCCUGACCCUGGUCUACAAGAUGCGCUCACCAAACGCUGAUGAGGAACAUCACAUGAACACCCUUUUACGGACAUUGUCAGGCGAUAACCUCAACAAGAUAACUACGGACCGGCAUCCCGAAGGAUUCACCAGAGACGAGAUUAUCAAGUCAUUCAGCAGAUUUCUGAGCCCAGUUCUCAACGGUCUCACUGGCCUCGGCGAUUUCGAGCAGGCCGUGGGCGCUGGCGAAGACCCUGACUCAUUCCGCCAAUUCUGGGCUCUCGACGACAGAAAUCUGCUCUCCGACGCCGCUUCAGGCAGAGGCCCCCUCGCCGCAAGCACAGAACCCAUCAUCCCAUUCCUCGAGACCUUUAUCAAGGACCGCAGUCGGCGCAUAGCCUUGACUCAGGAUCACGGCGCCCUAGUGCUGGUUCCCAAUCAAACGAGGCCCGGCGAUGAGAUCUGGAUGAUGUCCCGCGCAUCGUCCUUGGUUGUCGUGCGAAGACUUGAUCAGCCGGAAGACUCGACGACAGACCUGAGCGUCCUAGGCGAUGCUUACAGCCACGGGUUUGUCAAGGGUAAGCCGCCACGGGGCUGCAAGCGUCAGGCUUACGACGACCUGGAAUUCUUGACAUCGUCCGUUGCUGUUGGCCUCGCCGGCGGUGUGCCGAGGUAGAAAGUCGUUUACUGAGCUAUCUUAUUUACAAACCAUCUGCCGAUGCAACUUCGCCAUGGUGGGCACGAGACUGCAAGAGCAACACAGCUUUCAAUAGUGCAAUCUCUCAGCAUCAGCCACCUGGUUCGAAGGAUAGUCAAGCCUCGUUCUGCGCCAUGAGCCGAUGGAAAUCCUCCCGCAUGCCCUUGUCGCUGUGGCUGCAUCGGAUCGCAACAUGUAUACUUUUGUACAACAACAAACCCGAGGAGCAAAAGUCCCUCGAUGAAUCAAUCAGCGCCAGGGGCAACAGCCAGGGUCAUCACCUCGUUGACUCAAAAGGCAGCAUUCUGCAGCAUUAUUUCUUUUAUUGCCUUGGAGGGUGGAAAGCUUUGUUACAUCUACCACCCAACGCCUCUCCUUGGCAUUGGGUUCUGGAAACGGGAGUUUGGGAAACUGGGAAUCACGGAAUUAGGAAAGGAAAGAAAAGGCAACACAGAACAACACUGGCGUACCAUGGGAUUCUCUUCGAAAAAGAAAUUGGGAUUUGCGUUCUGACACUCAUCACUUUAGAGGCAUUAU